AUGCAGCUAGAGUAUAAUUCCCCCAAUUUGGUUCAGAGGUUUCUGUUGGUGCUCUUCUACCACCAAACCACGAGGCAUCAACCAUGGUUUGAGUGCAAUCCACCAUCAACUUCUCAGGGGACCACCUCAUCCAAUCUCUGCUAUGGGCUGGAUCCUUUUGAAGGGAAACCACCAUUGCACCUCUGGGGAAAUCGAUGGCUCUCGCAAAGCCAUGAAUGCCAGUGGGCUGGAAUCACCUGUGAGACUGUAAAAUCAAAAGAGAAACAGGUGACAUGGCUACACAUGUACAGGAAUCAGCUUAAUGGCCCUCUCCCAUGGGAGAUAACACUAUUGCCAGAGUUGAAGCAACUACUUCUUGCUUGGAACAUGCUGACUGGAGUGCUACCUCCUGAGCUACAAUUCCAAGAAUCCAGCCCCUUGCAUUUUCUAAACUUGGCUUGGAAUGAGUUUAUAGGGACAAUCCCUGCAAGAUGGUUUGAAAACCUCAAUGAACAAAGUGCCAAGCUUGCCACGCUCGGGAUCUCAUCAAACAGGCUGACUGGGACGAUUCCAUCCGAGGUGGGGUUGUUCCCCUUGAAAGAACUGUAUCUCGAAAACAAUACUCUGACAGGUUCCCUACCAAGAGAACUGUUUGACCAAACUUCUUUUCAGCUUCUCAAUUUGCGGAACAAUGAUCUUACUGGAAUUCUACCAAGUGAGAUUGUACUGUUAACCAAUUUGCAAGUCCUUAAAUUGGAUCAUACCGGCAUUGGGGGAUCCUUACACUCAGAGAUUGGCCUGCUGAGCCAGCUUGGAUGGAUUGGUGUUACAUUCACCAACAUGCAAGGAACCAUCCCUGGAGAGUUGUAUGGACUCAAGAAUCUACAUACUUUUGCCAUCAGUAAUUGCAACUUUUCUGGGACCAUUAGUUCUUCACUUGGUCAGUUGACAAAGCUCUCUACGUUGCAUCUAGCCAACAACCAGUUCCAUGGCAGCCUCCCCAGUGAGAUUGAGGCACUGACACAGCUGGAUAAUUUGCUGGUGAAUGGGAACAAUGAGCUGACAGGCACUGUCCCUGUAUCCCUUUGCCAAAACUACUUUGCAGAUGAAAAGAAGUCUCUCCGAUUUGUGGCUGACUGUUUGCCCAAUACACAAACAGGAGUUGCAGCAAUCCAGUGCACUUGCUGCACCAGUUGUUGUGAUGAGACGGGAGUUUGUCUUGCUAGCUAG